GCCCAGCCACUAAGAAGGGUCUUCGAUUCGAGAAGGAGAUUAUCUAAACUUAAUCUAGGGAUUUAUUCAGAAUCAAAUAUGCUAUUUCAAGCGUUAGUGAUCCUGAAAUACUCAACAUGAUCAAACUUGACGAGUAUUCAGGCCAGAUAGAAUUUAUUUCUAACGACUUUGGAACAAGAAAUAGGACGUUCGAAGUAACAUAUCGGAUAAGUUCUAUCUAUCUCAAGGAAAAUAUUGAUAUUGAAAUACAAAUAAACGAAGUCCACCCUUUCAGUCAAACAUUAGAACAACAGAAAAUUGUGAUUUGGACUUUUCUUGGAAUUUCUUUUACGGUUGGAACUCUAUCAGCAUUUUCUCCAAAAUCUGGAUUUAUAGGUCUCUGGAUGCUCGUCCACCAAUACCAACUUUUAAUGCUCUUGACAAUGAUAGAAACUGAUAUUCACCCUGAUGUUCGCAAAAUCAUUACUGGAGAAUCCUUCUUAGCACUUAACCUACAGGAUGUGAGUGGCAAUAUCUUGAGAUAUGUUAGGUUAGACGAUAAUGUUGAGAAGCUUCAGAAAUCUCAGACAAACCAAGGAUUGGAGGAACUUGACUACAGUAGUCUCUCUUGUCUCCAAAUGAACACUGGAGUAAUUAUUCUUCUCUCUGUACUGAUUGCUACACAACUAAUAGUAAUUGUAUCAUGGUCAAUAUACAUUGAUUGCAAGUUGAAGUGGCUAGACAGACAAAUAAGAAAUCUUGAAGAAGGGAAUGAUCCUCAGAAUUAUGGGAAUUGUGACUACAAUCCCUUUUAUGCAUUAUACAAUUGUUGCUGAAAAUGCUGCUGAAGAUUACCUGAAAGGCUAGCUAAGUGGGCCUUCUUAAAAAUAAGCAAGAAAAUAACAUUUUGGGGACAUAAAUACCUUCCAUUACGAUUCUUUCUCAAUAUGUACAUGAGAUUAUUCAUAGAGACAAUAUUUACACUCUCAAUAACAUCAUGAAAUGAGUUGGCGCAAUAUUAUUUGGGAAAUAAGACCUCUGAUGUUUCUUUCAAAUUUGCUUUAGGAAGUUUGAGUUGGUGAAUCUUAUUCCUUAUCUUUUUGCUUUAUUACUCCUGUAUCAACCUGAGAACCAUAAUAUCUGAGGAUGACCCAGAACCAGGAAUAUUUUUUGAUGGAAUUUUUGCAGAUUUUAAACAAGGAUGGAGCAGAAUUUAUAAUUGGCUAUCUUCGUCACGAUUAUUUUUGUAUGCUUGCAUUGUAUUUAUACCAAAAAUGAACUCACAUGUAAUAUUUGGAAUAAUCUUCGGACUGCAGUUCCUCUACUACCUCCAAACAUGAAGAUUCCGAAAAUUUGAAAAUCCAGCUUUCUCCUUUGUAAACCUCAUAAACGAAGGAUUUUUCUUGAUGAUAGUGGCUUUCCUUGGGCAUUAUUACUCCCGUUCCCAGUGGGACGAAAAUGAUCCCAAAUACUCGAUGUCAAUGCGAAUAACAGUGAUAGGGGUCAUUGUUGCCAACACUGGGCUGAUCACCCUGGUUGAGAUGGCAAGCAUGAAGUUUAAUGUAUAGCUGGUUCUGAUCUGGAAGAUCAUUAAGCUAUGAAUCAAGCGAUGCAAGAAUAAAAAGAGAGUCCAGAAAAAGCAAAAACUUAGAAGGAUGAGAGUAAAUGAGUCUACUGAGAAUAUGAUGGUAAAAAGUAAUGGGAGAGAGAACGAAGAGAAAUUUGAAGAGGAAAAAGAAAAGAUGACCGUAUUUGAGAAAGUUCGGUUUC